AUGGUUUAUUUUGUCUUCAAAUUGAGAGCACGUUGCCGCUUGUACAGAGUGGAUAGCUUAAGAAUUGGCUUGGAACUUGAUGUAUAUCAGACGAGAGCUAGCCGGGAACUGAGAGGGAACGUUGUCAUUUAAAAACCUGCGGAACAAACUCCGUUAACAGCACUUUAUAUUGCACAAUUAACUAAAGAAGCUGGAUUUCCCAAUGGAGUAAUAAAUGUUGUUCCUGGUUAUGGUAAAGCUGGGGCUGCAUUAGUAGCUCAUAAUAAAGUUGACAAAAUCGCAUUUACUGGUUCUACAGAAGUUGGAAAAUUAAUACAACAAAGUGAUGUAAAAAAUUUAAAAAGAAUGACAUUAGAAUUAGGCGGAAAAUCCCCUAAUAUUAUUUUGGAAGAUGCUAAUUUUAAUGAUGCAGUAGAAAGAGCACACUAUGGAUUGUUCUUUAACAUGGGUCAAUGCUGUUGCGCAGGAUCUAGAACUUUCGUCCAAGAUAGUAUCUAUGACGAGUUCGUAGAAAAAAGUGUACUUCGCGCAAAAAAUAAAAGCGUGGGAGAUCCAUUUGAUACGAAAACAGAGCAAGGACCACAGAUCGACAAUGAUGCGUUCCAACAAUUAAAUAAAAUUAUGAUAGACUCUGGUAAAAGAGAAGGUGCUAAUUUAGUAUCAGGUGGAGAGCGUAUUGGCAAUAAAGGAUAUUUUGUUGCACCAACAGUAUUUGCAAAUGUCAUAGAUGAAAUGGCUAUUGCAAAAGAAGAGAUAUUUCGUCCUGUUCAACAAAUAUUGAAAUUUAGUGAUCUAGACGAAGUUAUUGAACGCGCUAAUAAAACUGAUUAUGGAUUAGCAGCUGCAGUUUUUACGAAAGAUAUUGAUAAAGCAAAUUAUUUAGUGCAAGGUCUUCGUGCCGGUACUGUAUGUAGUGAGAUCACGAACGGCCUAUUAGCCGAAUUGGCUGACAAAAACUGCAAGAGACCUUCAGCAAGGCCUCCAGAAGAUAAUCCUCUUGAAGAUAUCCAGGACCUACAAUUAUUAUUAGUUACUGAUGAAAUAUUAAAUACUAAUUUGUCGUAUGGCGAUUUUAAAGUAAAAAAUAUACUUGGGUCCGGCAUGAAUUACUACCGUCUGGGCGGCAGCAAGAACUGGAGCAGAACAACUUCUGUAUUAACACAUGGGAAGAUCGAUGUGGCUAUGAGAGCUUUUAAUCCGAUAUGGCUGGAGUCCAACUGGAUUUGA